GACCCCCCCUCCCCGCCGGCGGGCCUCCCCUCCCCGCGCGCGCGGCGCGGCGCGGCGGGGGCCGCCGCAUGGCGCCCCACUACCGCGCCAGCGCGAUCUCCUCGUGCCCCUCCGUGUUCUGCCCGCACGACGCGCCAGCGGACGGCGGGCCCGUGCUCUCCCAGUCCAGCAGGUCCAGCGUCGCGACGGCCUCGCCGAGCAGGUUCUCUUCGUUCAUUCCGCCGUCCGGCGCGUGUUCCCUUCCGGGGAGCAGCCUGCCGCCGCUGAUGGAGGCGGCGCACGCCGGCCGCCCCUCGGACCACUUCAGCCGCUGCAGCUCCGUGGCCUCGGAGAGAAGCGGCAGCGGCUUCGGCGAGUCGAUCACGAUCUGGUCGGGGAUGUCGAAGUGGCGCGGCAGGCCUGCGGAGCUGCGGGGCGGCGUCGGAGGCCACAGCAUCUGCGACCUGGAACUCCUCAGCAGCGGCGAGGACCCCCCCGAGUGGGGCCGCGAGUUCGUGAUCCCCGAGGCCAGCCUCCUGCGCAAGGGGUGGAACGUGGUGGUGAUCGCCCUCAUCACCUACACCUCGACCAUCUUUCCGUUCAGGUUGUGCUUCAUGGAGUUCAAGGUGCCAGAGCCGAUCCCAGCGCCCGUCGAGUUCACUGUCCUCGAGACCCUCGUCGACGUGCUCUUCUGCUGCGACCUGCUCCUGAACUUCCUCUUCUCGUACCAGGACGCCCACGGCCGCGAGAUCUUCAGCCUGCCCAGCAUCGCGAGGAGGUACCUCAGGGGCCACUUCGCGGUCAACCUGAUCGGAGGGGAGGGCAUGCGGGGCAUGGCGCAGGGGUCGACCUAAACGGUGCUUUGGCGAUUUCGUGGGCCGCUUCCG